AUGUUCGAUUUGGGCGCGCCGGUCGGAGACGUCACCUGGGCUCCCUACUCGUCCACAGUGUUUGCAGCGGUUACUUCCGAUGGCUAUGUCCACGUCUACGAUCUGAAUGUCAAUAAGUAUGAAGCUCUGUGCAAACAGCUGGUGGUACAGAAGAGGCGCACCAAACUCACUCACCUCGCUUUCAACCCGAUAUAUCCAAUUCUCAUCUGUGGUGAUGACCGGUAUGUUCAGUUUAUGCCUCCUCCCUUGUUUUGGUCAAAUAGUCCCGCUACUGCUGGUAGCAUUGCUAUUAUUACUUAUAUUACUCGCAAAAUUGAUUUCUAG